AUGGCCACCUCGACUCACGUCGUCAUGGGCCAGAACCCACCAACAGAAGCCGAACCGAAGUACGGAGGCUUCACCAGAUUCGAGAUCGAGCUCGAGUUCGUCCAGUCCCUAGCCAAUCCCUACUUCCUAAACCACCUCGCCUCGCAGAAGCUCCUCAGCGAGCCGACCUUCGUCGCCUACCUCGCCUACCUGCAGUACUGGACGCGGCCGCCCUACGUCAAGUACCUGAACUACCCGGGCCCGACGCUGAAAAACCUGAAGCUCCUGCAGGAGGAGCGGUUCCGGCAGGAGAUCAUCAGUCCCGAGCUGGUGCAGGCGCUGGCGGCGGAGGGGAUGAAGGCGUCGGUGGAUUGGCACAAGGAUGAGGGUCUGUAG